AUGGAGCGAGUAUAUAGGACAGUACCAGGACAUUCGCUGGCUAUGCCGAUGACAGUGUACUUAACAGUUGUCGCUGUUUUAAGUCUAUGGUCAUCAGGCAAUAUUAUUGUAGCUGGCUAUAGAAAACAGUAAGAUUUUUUCACAAUUUAAUUCAAACGCGAGAUUUUUUAAUCCUGCCCCCCCCCCCUCAUACGCCGAAAAUUUGUUUUGAUAUGGGGUACAGAAUUAUUUUAGUAGACAUAAAAAAGUCAUGACUAAUGAUGGCUCCUCUCAUGUUUGUCAUCUAAAUACAGACAGACGGUAGACAUAAAAAACUCAGUUUUUACUUAUUUAUAACAAAAAACUAUGGAGAAUAAGACAAUCUAUAAAAAAAUUAUAUAAAUCGCGUACAACAUAAAGAAAUCGACCGGUAAAGUUAGUCAACGGACUUUUGGCACACCUUGUAACAACUUAAUAUUUAAAAAAGCUGAAUUGGUUUAAAAAAGCGUAUUUUACAAAAUAAAAUAUUUUUAAUUUUAAAAUUAUUGUGGUAUUAUGAUUGAUAUGAAUGAGUUUAGAUCUCUCCAUCACAAGUGCAACUACCUAAUAUCAUGUCAAGCAGUGUGUAUGCUAGUUCAUUCUUUUGGGGCUUUAAUAAUGUCAGUAUUGACAUUUAAUGACAACCUUCAAUUGCCUUUUAUGAACUGUUUUUACCUGCAAUGCCUUCCACAGUUCGCUAUGACAGCAGAACUUGGUUUUAGUGUAAUGAUCGGAAUCGACCGGUUUUUAAGUGUCAAACGACCGUCAAUGUAAGAGAUUUAUGUAUUAUACAUAUUAAAUUAUCAAGCGGGACAAAAGGGUUUAUUUUUGUCAUUAAAAUGUGAAAAAUACUUAAAUUAUGCCUAACUAAAAAAAAUUUGUUUGAUUUUUUUUCAAAAUCCAUAGUUUUUCAAUUUCAGAUACUACAAACUGUACCAUACAUGUCUCUGUUCCCGGUGAUCUUCGCUUUCGGUAUAACAUGUGUUACCUUUUACUGUGCCUACACGAGCCAAAUGAUGUGAGUUAAUCGAGUCAGGUUAAUCACAUUUUACUUAUGCGCACGGUCUGUUUCCGUAAAUGAACGUACUUAGGCUGUUACAAAUACUCAAUUAUACAAAACACUAAAUUAUUUAUAUCAAUAUUCAAUUUGAGUCUGUAAUUAGCCAUUCGGUCAAAAAAUAAUUAGAAUAUUCAGAUUAAAAUACAUUUUAAACCUAAAGGUUACAUAACACAUCCUUAUAUAACAUAUACUCAAUGAUUUUAGGACAGUAUGUUGUACCAUAAACGGCCCAUUGGACAAGUUUCUACUCCGUGUAUUACACUGGAUUCAUACUAUACUAUGUCUGUUGACAUUGUUCAUAUACCUCAAUGUAUGGCACUCUACAGGAGCUCUAACUGCGACAAAACGAAAGAUAAUAAAAGCCCUGAUUAUGAUUCUCAGCGGGUUUACUGCCUCUUGGAUUGUUACCUCAAUUGGGUCUACUACAAUGUAUAUCAUCGGAGUUAAGGAUCCAUACCUGUUCAUAGUGCAAUACCUCUUCAUAGGAAUGUCUUGUUUGUGUGGAGUUUGGGACUACGUCAUCUACUUUAUAUUAAAGUAAGUUGGUUAACAUUUUUUGGUAUUUCCGAGUUUUAGUAUGGCCGUAACUUACAGUAAACCUAAAUUUUACGUAUUUUACUUAUCGUAGUGAAAAAGAUAUCAACAAUAAUAUAGAAAUGAACAUCAUUUUCAAAAACAAAUUAACUAAACUAUCUCGUUGUAGCGUCGAGUACCGCCGCGCCUUCCUGGAGCAAAUGGGACUCCGUUGUUACCUCAUUAAAGCUCAACGUCCCACAGUAACGGGCGAGAUAUCCGGCUGGACUGGGAGUGACAACAUUCCAAACACUCCAAUCGAAAAGCUGACCAAACAAGAUACCAUCAAGGUUAACAUAUCUUCUUUCAAAUCAAAUCCAUAA